AAAAAUAAUAAUGAAUUAAAGACCUUAAUUUGCAAAAGGCUUAAACUCAUAACAAGGAACUCAUCAUAAUAAUUAUGUAAUAAAUUAUAAAAUAAGUAGCCAACAUUUCAAUCAACUCCUUCAGGAUAUAGCUCUAUAAUUUAGCCAUCUUAAGUACCUCAACCACCAGCUUCUGGAAAUAUUUAUACUCCAAUGCCUCCUCCUGCUAAUUAAACUCAUAAUAAUUAAUAAACUUAUUCACCUUUUGAUACUUACAACGCUCCAUAAAAUUCAUAUAUUAAUUAAUAAUAAACAUAAAGUUCAAUUAUUGGUCCAUAUUCAUAUUAUGAAUAAAAAUAUGAGUCUGGAUAUAAGGUAUCGAAAAUCUUAUUUUAUAGUAAUCUAACAAUUCAAUUCCUUAUUAAUAAUAAACUUAACCCUCAUCAAAUCCUAAUUAAUCAGUCUUAGAAACAUAAAACUCUUAUGAUGUAUCAUAAUCUUUAGAGUUUUCAAGAAUUAUUUCCAAUUCUUAAUUAAAGGAUAUGGAAAUUAGUUCAAAUACUCACAAUAUGAUAAUUAUUGGAGCAAAAGAUAAUUAAUUUGAAAUUAAACCCUUUGAUGAAAAUUUAAAAAAAGACAAAUUCAAGAAUAAAUAAUUGGUAUUUAUUUUCAUAAUAUAAGAUUAAUUCUAAUCUAUUCAUAAUUUAAAAUAAUAAAACUACUAUUCCUGAAUUUGAAAUAGAAGGAAGGUUUUGUUAACAACAUAAUAAUAAACGAAUAGAUAAGAUUUGUGCUGAGAAGGAAUGUAAAGAACUUAAUGAUUUAUUACUAUGUUAAGAUUGUGCAAGGAACCAUAAAGGCCAUACUUUAUAUGAUAUUCCAGAAGUUUUAUAUUUAAUCUAGUAAAAAGACAAAAUCUUAGACAAGAAUGAAACAUUUAUUGGAAGUUUUUAAUGUAGAACAUUUGCAAACUUCAAAAUUUUAAAAUCAAACAUUACUUAGUAAUUAUAAGAAAUUGAAAAUCAGUUAACUUCUGCAUUUAAUAAUUAUAAAUAAUAUCUUUAAGAAAUAAGGAGUAAUCAUAUAAAAGUCUUCGAAUAGCUUUCAACUGGAGGCUUGAGCAAGAUGAUUGAAUCAGUUAAUUAUAUUUUUAAUUAAGGAUUAUUUUAAGAAGGACAUUCAAAUUCUAAUGAAUUACAAUACAAAUAAUUAUUAUCAUAAUUAGAUUCUGCAUAAUUAUCUAUGUAAAAAUUUUAAUAAUUUGCUAAAGAAGGAAUUAAAGAAUUUGUUAAUAUUAAAAUCAAUAAUUUUGAUUUAAAAAUUGAGAAUCAUAAAAUAGAAAAUCUUAAUGACCUAUAUUAUUAAAUCAAAAUAGAUGCUCUGAAAUAAAAAUUUACAAAUAUUCUAGAUUAAGAAUUUUUAUUAUUAAAUAAUAAUAAAGCAAUUAAAUUGAAAGAUAAUUAUUAGAAAAUCAAUUUAAAAAAUGAAUCUUAAAUUUAAGUUAUUUCAUAUGAAGAAAUAUGA